AUGAGUAACCAACUCGAGCUCCGAAAAGAUAUUUACAAGAGAAGAUGUGAGAACGGCACGUGGAUUUAUAGCCUGGUCGACUAUCCAAGAAAGCUUACCGUCAAUGAACGGUUAAGAAUUACCCACCAAGUUCCUGCUAUACUUUCAGAAUCUAGAUAUCACACGGCGGAAGAGCUAGAUAAAGCUGGCUACCACUUCAUGAAGGGUGGCGAGAAGCACCAGUUUGAAGCAUUUCAUAAAGAUAAACCUCCCACCCGCUUUACAAGCCAUCUCAGACUUAGCGAGAUAGAGCUAGCACGAUGUGGCCUUCUGGAGGAACUUGGCAAGCUUCGUGAGAUUGCUCUUCAUCCAGACUUUCAGACUGGCUUGGCAGCGACAAUGCAACGAAAAUAUAGCUACUACCAAAGGUGGAAGGGUAUGCAAUAUGAAGUUGGAGUUACUAAGCAACCAGGACACGGAGUCAAGAGACUUCAGCUGGCAGAGAUUUUGCGUCGAGACUCAGACGAUUCGAAGAAGUAUUUCUUUCAUAGAGCUCGCGAUCUAGGCCAGAAGUUGCUUGAUAUCUGGAUCCCUGGGUACGAGAAUACCAAUUCUUUUCAAGAUAUUGAAUGGCAUCGAAAUACAGCGAUGACCUUCAGCGAAGAUCCGAAUACAACGCUCAACUCUAUUCAGCUCAACUAUACAAAGCAAGGAACGGUCAUCUCAGAUGCUUUGAAGGGGAAGGCGCAUCUACAUUGCGAUAAAGACGAUCAACCAACCUCCUAUUCCGUCGUGUUCUUCAUUUCAAACUUCGACGAUUGGUAUUGCCCUGGUCAUUUUAUCAAUACUACUUGGAGGACUAUAUUCCCUGCAUCACCUUUCCAGGUGUAUAUCUUUUCUGGAAGAACAUGGCACUGUGGUACUGGCUCAGGAUUCUAUCCAGAGUGGGUAGGCCCAGGUCACCCACUACGAUUACCAACUCCAUCGGUCCCGCUGCCUGAAUUAAGUCCUCUCGCAGCCGGAAACAAGAUGAGAUGUAACAUGGUAGUAUAUCCAACUCGCAGACUUCUAGUUCCUAAGUUCAAGGAAUUAAACAUCGAGAUAUGGCAACCACAGGGUCUUCACGUCUUCAAAAAUAUUCGAACGCACCAGGAAUGGAAGUUAAGGCUGUUUAUUAAGCAAGAGGUAUUAUUCAAGCUGAUCGCAUCGCUUGAAACUAAAGUACUUCUACAGAAACACUUCCCUGAAUGGAUCCGAAACUGGUGGUGGAUGAUGACUUUUGCUCCAGACAUGUUCUGGCACGGUGUCGACGAUCUUUCUCAUAACGCAGAGGAGAAAUCUGUAGCAUAUUUCAAGCAGUUGGAGGAUGAAAUCGACAAGAAUAAUACUGAAGAACCUCUUCCAACAAAAAUCGACAAAACAAAGAGAGUCUUGCGCACCGACGAAGAGAGGGCUGCCACAAAAAAUUUCAACGCGUACUACGAAGAUCGUGCAGGCUGGGAAGAUUUGAGAACCACCAAUCCUGAUUGGUUUAUUGGGCUAUUCUGGUGGAUCGACCCUGACACUGGAGAAAAGACAUAUCCCUCUCGUGAUAUGGCCAUUAAGACAAUCGCAUUGGUUACUACUGAGCCGUGCAAACAGCUUACUGACUUGGAGGAAGAUAUAGCACAGGCAUAUGAUGGGUUUGGCGACUACAAAGGCGACACAGUUUUCACGGAACUAGAUUCUCCUCGUGCGUUUGAUCCAGCUGUAGAUACCGUUCCUGCAAAUCCCGGCUGGGUGCCCACCGAUGAUUGGUGA